AUGGCAUCGACUACAACCGACCAACCGGCGGCGGCGCCAGCAGCGGCGGAGGCUGCAAACCCUGUCGCAAAGACGGAGGAGCCCAAACCGGCGCCGAAGCUGUCGGAGCAUGAUUUUAGAAUAUUCAAUCAAAUAGCCGUCCGCAUGGACUAUUUUCAUGAAAACUUUCGACGCACCUGGAACCUCCUCUGGAGCUACGCCACGACCGGCAAGCGCCAGAACGGGUUGACGCUCAAGCAGCUGGUGCGCGCGGGCCUCGACUUUGGCGAGCACCUGACGGCGCACCACGGCAUCGAGGAGCAGCACAUGUUCCCGGUGCUGUCGAAGCGCAUGCCCGAGUUCGACGCGCGCCGGGGCGAGCUGGUGCAGCAGCACAAGACGAUCCACAAGGGCCUCGACGGGCUGCAGGCGUACCUCGAGGGCGUGCAACGCGGCGACGAGGCGCUCGAGGCGGGCGCGCUGCGGGCGAGGAUGGAGUCGUGGGGCGCGGUGCUCUGGGAGCAUCUCGACAAGGAGGUCGAGACGCUGGGCGCGCCCAACAUGGCGCGGUACUGGACAAAGGAGGAGAUGAUGCGGAUGCGCUGGUGA